GUUCAGAGUUCGAGUCCACCUGAGAAUCAAAAAACUUUCUUCAAGUCGUAUUGUGUCGUCACUACACAGAGUCCGGUAGUUUUGCCCGGGCACUUCGGUUUCCCCUACCAUCCGAAUAGCGACACAAACCUCAUGCACAACCCGGAUGACCUAGUGAACAUUAUGAAGCAUAUCUGUCUCACUGACUGCAAUGAUAUCUACAAACAAACAAAGAAUUCACGAGACUUUACGGGCAAAGUAGUACUGGUCACCGGAUCCAGUUCCGGCAUUGGGGAGGGUAUCGUAAAACUACUCUCAGUAUUGGGCGCCAAAGUUGUGGUCACCGGUAGGAAAGAGGAUCAAGUGAAACGUGUGGCACAAGAAGUCCAGGAAUUAUCGCCUAAAAGAUUAAAACCGUUGACUGUUGUGGCGGAUGUGACCAAAAAUGUAUUGGUGAAUAACGCCGGUAUCGGGAUGUUUGCCGGCGUUAAGGAUAAUAACUUAAUGAAAGUCUUCGAUAAAGUGAUCCGGACUAAUCUGAGAGCUUAUGUCAAGUUAAGUCAAUUAGCCAUUCCUUAUCUCGAAGAAACCAAUGGCACUAUAAUUAUACUCGUCACCGGAUCCAGUUCCGGCAUAGGGGAGGGUAUCGUUAAAUUACUCUCUGUAUUGGGUGCCAAAGUUGUGGUCACCGGUAGGAAAGAGGAUCAAGUGAAACGAGUGGCACAAGAAGUCCAAGAAUUAUCGCCUAAAAAAUUAAAGCCGUUGGCUGUUGUGGCGGAUGUGACCAAAAAUGAUGACUUAAAUAAUCUAAUGAAUGAAACCAUUAAAACAUUUGGCAAAUUAGAUGUAUUGGUGAAUAACGCCGGUAUCAGCAUGUUUGCAGGCGUUAAGGAUCAGAAUUUAAUGAAAGUCUUUGAUAAUGUGAUCCGGAUUAAUCUGAGGGCUUAUGUCAAGUUAAGUCAAUUAGCCAUUCCUUAUCUUGAAGAAACCAAUGGCACUAUUAUUAGUAUAUCAAGUAUUGCGGCAACUCAUCCGACCAAAUUAGGUCUGGCUUAUGAUAUAUCCAAAGCGGGUGUGGAUAUGAUGACCAAAGUUAUGGCACUAGAAUUGGGUCCAAGAAUUAGAGUCAAUACAAUCAAUCCUGGUGCUACUGAAAGUAAUUUAGGUGCCAAUGCUGGUAUUCCCGUCCAAAUGAUGAAACAAGUUACAGACCUAAUGGCCAAACGGGCGCCCCUACAGACUACAGGCCGUCCCCUCGAUAUAGCCAAUGCGGUGGCAUUCCUGGCCUCAAAAGACGCUCAGUUUAUAACCGGUGCUAAUUUGGUGGUCGACGGAGGGAGUAGUCUAUUGAUGGGUCGACACAACCGAAUGAUACGGUCAAUAGCGACCAGUAUCGGGAUCUGUCGAUCGCACCCUCCCGACCCGCACAGGCAGGGCUUAGGCCUAUUGGAGGCACAACCACCCAGGAUUAACGAAGACUAUAGUGAUGUACAAAAUUCACGUAAUUUUACGGGGAAAGUGGUGUUGACUACCGGUUCCAGUUCUGGCAUAGGGGAGGGUAUUGUCAAACUAUUCUCAGUAUUGGGUGCCAGUGUUGUGGUCACCGGUAGGAAUGCCACUGAAAUUACAAGAGUUGCCGAAGAAUGUCAAGAAUUGUCACCAAAUAAACUAAAGCCGUUGGAAGUGGUGGCGGAUGUAACCAAAAGUGAUGACUUGAAUAGACUAUUGAGUGAAACCAUCAAAACAUUUGGCAAAUUGGAUGUAUUGGUGAACAACGCCGGUAUCGGACCGACAGCUGGUGUCAGAGAUAAGGCAUUUAUGAAAGUCUUCGAUCAGACCAUUCAAGUGAAUCUCAGGGCUUAUGUGGAGUUAUGCUAUCUGUCGGUCCCUUAUUUGGAUGAAACCAACGGCACUAUCAUUAGUAUAUCGAGUAUCGCGUCAACACAUCCCUACAUCACAAGCAUGGCGUACGAAGUGUCCAAAACGGGUGUAGAUAUGAUGACUAAGGCAUUGGCACUGGAAUUGGGGCCACGGAUUAGAAUCAAUACCAUUAAUCCAGGAUUGGUUGAGACGAACAUAACGGGAUCGUUGCCUCCGGUUAUUGUCGACGCUCUCCGUAAGGAACUCAUCGCCAGAACACCGCUCAAGAAGAUCGGUCAGCCCCUGGAUGUGGCCAAAGGGGUCGUGUUUUUGGCCUCAAGUGACGCUCAAUUCAUAACAGCCGCCAAUCUAUUCAUAGACGGAGGUCUAGUCUAUAAUACACCAGGGUACUAGUUGGCAUACUAGUUAUAUCGGAUGC